CCCGCGGUGCGCGCGCGGAUUUGAAAGUGUCCCGGUAUUUUUCACCAUAAUGGAGCGGAGCCGUGGGUCGAAUGUCCGCUUCAGGGAGGUGGGCGUUGACACGGAGUCGCUGCAGAAAGCGGUCGAGUACUUUACCACUGUGAAGGAGAAAAAUCCAUCAAAAGGAAUUCUUUAUCUGGAGACAAUUGAAGGCAUUGCUUUUGAGAAGGGCUUGCUACCGGAUGUGAUUGAAGCACUUCUGGAUGUGGCUAUGAGUGCCAGACUAGUUGACAGGUUUAAUACACGCAUCUUAAGAUGCCUUAUUCCUGCGUCAGUAGUUCCUGAAAAUGCAGUGACUAAAGCCAUCUCCUGGAUAUGUACAAGGAAACCUGGUGUUAAUGUCCAGGUACUGUUUUUCAAGUGGUUGUUAGCUGUGUUUGAUCUGUUGGAUUCAAAGAAACAUAUACAUUCAUUGUAUGGCAUGAUUUUCUUCUUCCUUCAGAACGACAAACUGUGCCCAUAUAUAUGUCACUUAUUGUACCUGUUGACAAAAAAGGAAAAUGUUAAACGAUUCAGAGUUAAGAAGUUAAUAGAUCUACAGUCCAAAAUGGGAAUGCAGACACACUUGGUGGCCCUUCUCUUGUUGUAUAAGAUCCAUGCACCUGAAUAUGUUUCUUUGACACUAUCUGGAAAACCCAAAAAUUUUCAUGAGUGUAGUUCUCCCUGGAAAAAAUUCAUUGAAAAGAUCCAAAACAAUGGUUACAGGCAGUUGUCCAAAACUCGAGGUUUGGAAAACUUAAUAGAGCCUCCAAUGCAAAAAAGGAGGAGAAAGAUGCAUCAAGAAGUUAUCCCAAGUAUCAGUAGUGCUGCACACACGACUGAACUGCCUCAUUUCCUAAUUCAGAGCAAAACCUUUCCUUUGGAGCAGUUAACCACAUUCUCUCAACUACUGCAGAACUUUGAUUGGAUUGAGUUUCCAGCACAGAUGGGUUCAGUGCUAAGGUCUCCUCUGUUACUUCAUUACAUUAAUUGGGUAAAAGAUGAUUCCGCCUUACUUCGUCUGGAUUUUUGGCUGGCUCAAACUCUUCAGGAAGAGUUUGCAGACUGCAAAGGGGACUCCUUGCAAAAGGAGGAGGAAUUCAAGAAGUUUUUAAACAUCAUCAUAAGAACUCAGGAAUUUCUGCAAGAAGGCUUCUCCUGCAGUGAGGAUUUUGUGUUCAAGAGCUUAACUCUUUGGGAUAGUUUUUGGUGUAGCUCUCAGAUCUUUGCCUUGCUUACCUGGAUUCCACCAAGUUCUGAUAUUAUUUCCCUUUAUUUUGAUCCAUUAAGGAAAUUGUUCUUCACUUCCUCAGUUUAUUUCAAGUGCAGUGUGAUUGAGAGCAUCACCAAUCUACUGGUAAACUGGCUGACCUGGUACUCUGUAUAUGUGACAGAGAUGGAUAGAGAGUCGCCCAGUGAUUCAGAGAGUCCUCUGAGCUCCUUCCUUUCUGGAUUAAUGAAUUCUGUUGUUGAACUUGUGGAAUUUAGUGCAAGAAUGUUUACAGUAUCGCUACAGCUAGAAGCUUACAACAGUCUAUUGUUGCACUUCAUCCUCAACUUCUAUGAGAUGGUUUCUGAGAUGUAUUUGAAAUAUGGUCUACCCAUGGUAAUUAUGCCACCUGAUGGUAUCUUCUAUCCAGCACUAUUGAGUUUGGAAUCAGUGACUCUGAAUCAGCUGUGCCAUAUGAUGCAUAGGUAUCGUACAAAUCUUGUAGCUUUGAAGUCUUUGGAUCCAAGCAAAAAUCUGCAUAUGGGAUUAAAGGUGAACAGGAAAACAUUUCAGCAAUACAAUUCAUUUGUGAAAGCAGCAGUCAGCUGUUUGUGGACAUCUGAAAACUUUGUGCAAGAUAUUUGCUUGAUGGGUAUUGGGAUUGAAGAUGAUCUGUUGGCACAAACUAAGAUUACAGAUUCCAAGGACAGCUUUACUAUUGUUAAUCAUCCAGCACUCAUGGGGCAUGCCAUAAAUUUUAUCCAGAAGGGUUGGCCUAAUGAAAAGAAACGAUUGCGUGUAAUUCAGGGAAAAGUAUGGAACUGGUAUGUGAAAUAUCUAUACAACCAAGGGCUUAAUGGACUUAAAUACUUCCUUGAAGGCAGCACCCAUAUGUCAUCCAGCUCAAGACAUUAAACUACAGCGUCGCACUGCAAAGAUUUGCAUAUUGAGCAAUACUACACCACUUAAUUACUCUUUGCUUACAUACUGGCUAUCCAUCUGCUUCACAAAUAAUUACGCGUACAAUGUGUUUGGCAUCAGGAUUAAUGAAUUGUAAUAUUGAAUGAAGGAUUUGGUAAAGCCUUCAGGAAGGAAACUUGUCUGUAUGUUAAUCCAAACACAUCCUUCUUGCAAGUUGUCUAUUAAGGAACUUGAUGUCUGCACAGGAUAUUAUAGAAGCUAAAAUGCACAGUGUUGUAUUGAAUGGUAAACUGUGAUAAUCUCUCAUUAUUGAGAAGGAUGGUACCUGUAAUGUAAAACAUUGUGCUAUUUUGAAAAUCUGUAAGUAUGUAAAUAAGAAAUAGUAGAAACUGGUAGAAAUUGCCAAGUGGUUGAGAAUGGUACUGGACAAGAUAAUUCUGAGAUUACUUUAACUUUCAGAUACUGUGGUCACAAAUAAUUGAGCCACAGACUUAAUAGAAAAAUGAUUUAGUAUUCUCUGGCAUUACUUGUUUCUUUACGAGGCAUGAAUGAUUGCAAGAGUUUUCUGAAUUGAAAUGCUACUGUAGCAAAUAAUAUUGGAAUACAGUAGAAAAGAGUGCAUAAUUUUUCAACAUCAAUGUAGAGAAUCUAGAGAGUGCAUGGUGAGGGUAUUGUUAAAUGUUUGCAGGAUGUUUUUGUGACUUCCCCACUUGUGACUGCAGUGUCUUAACUUUUAUUGAUAACAGUGUCUUCGAAAUAACAUGUUUUAUACACAGGAAGUAUCAGAUAUAGAAAGCAUUUUUCUUCCAAAUAUGCUGUAAUUUCAAUAGAAAUUUGUUUCUAACAAUUAAACUCAGAAACAGAUCUUGAGAGUCACUUUAGAUGUUGAAGCCUGUGGUUGUCUGAAGUUGAAAAGGAGUUCUUUUUAAUAAAUGUAAAAAAUGCAUUUUUAUUCCUUAAAUAGAUGAAUGUAAUAUUUAAAAAGCAUCUUUUAAGCAUACUGUGUAAAAAUGAAUUGUGCGGGAAUGCCUUUGCUCAUUUUCUUAUUGGUAUAUCUGCUGUUCCAGCAGUUUCCUAUUUUAAAUAGUGCAUUUAACAGCAAGGAAGAUGGCAGGGAUGUAGUAUAUUUACUUGACACAUGUUCUGAAUUCAGUUGCCACUGCAGUUAGAAAGAAAAAGGCACGGAUGGAGGAAGGAAAUUUUGUUUUUUUUCCCCUCUCUCAACUCAAGGAUUCAGAGCUUCAGCAAUAGAAGUAGGCCACAUGGGCCUUCCAGGCUCCUCUACCAAGACUGAUCUGCCUUCAACUUCACUUGGUUACUCAAUUCAUACAGACCCUGCAUUCUAAAGAUAUCUUCACUUAAGCCUUGCACAUAUAUUCAGCAUCUCCUGCAUGAAGAAAUUCCUCCUAUCAUCAGACCAAGAUGCCCAAGUGCUCAUCUUGAGACUCUGUUCUAGAUUUUGACUCUCACACAGGGAAAUAAUCUGUUAGCCGCCCACAUAAACCUCUUUAAUAUCUUCUAAAGCGGGUGGAAUAUAGGGUUAUUGUAUGUCCUUUCUUGUCUAACCAGGAAUCAAUCUAGUAAAUAGAAAAUGCUGGAAAUACUCAAGACAUUAGGAACCUAUAUGAAGAAAUAAUUAAACAAUAUUUCAGAUUAAUUCCCUUUUCAUCAGAAUUGGAUCAAUUUAUUAAAGCCUUGUCCACUGUUUCCAUGUCAGGAGUUUAUACCUAGACAGAAAGAUCUUGCCAAUAACCUCUUCUACUCUGCCUGUCAAAAUAGAGAUCAGCAAAACUUUUGCUGAUGCUGUAGAUGUCAAUCUGAAUAAAUUUUAAUCCUGAAGAUUUAUAAGAAGUACUCAAGCUGCUUUAAUUUAUAUAUGUUCUGAUAAAUGCAAUGCUUGUCUGGCAUUAUGUAUGUAUGUACAGAUUUAACUAGGUAUUUAAAAUAGUUUCUGUUUCAAUUCUACUUUUAUUUCACUAGCACUUAUUUUAAAUUACUUAGUCCUGACAAAUUUAAAUUUGCAAUUGGAACAGUUCUGACUCAUAGAGGAGGAGUGGGUCGUUCUGCUGCUGAUUUAAAUAAAAGCAGAAUACAAUGAAGAUACAAAAAUUCCUUGUAAUAUUUGUAAAACAAAAUGGUAAGUUAGCAAAUUUAUUUUACAGUGUACAGUGGCAUGCAAAAGUUUGGACACUCUUGGUCAAAAUUUCGGUUACUGUGAAUAGCUAAGCGAGUAAAAGGAAUUUGUUGCAUGGCCAGAGUGAUGACUCUGCUGUCAUAGCUGCCAACACAAUCAAACCUGUAGAUCAAAAAUUAUCAGAAAGAAAAUUAUCUUAUUAUUUGAAGCAGUAAAUAUAAAAUCAAUUCGAAUAAUAAAUACAAUGGCAUGCAAAAGUUUGGGCACCUUGGUCAAAAUUUCUGUUACUGUGAAUAGCUGAGUAAAAGAUGACCUGAUUUCCAAAAGGCAUAAAGUUAAAGAUGACACAUUUCUUUAAUAUUUUAAGCAAGAUUACUUUUUUAUUUCCAUCUUUUACAGUUUCAAAAUAACAAAAAAGAAAAAGGGCCCGAAGCAAAAGUAUGGGCACCCUGCAUGGUCAGUACUUAGUAACACUCCCUUUGGCAAGUAUCACAGCUUGUAAACACUUUCUGCUACAAAUAUUUCAAUUCUUGUUUGGGGGAUUUUCAUCCAUUCUUCCUUGCAAAAAGCUUCUAGUUCUGUAAGAUUCUUGGGCCGUCUUCUAUGCACUGUUCUUUUGAGGUCUAUCCACAGAUUUUCGAUAAUGUUUAGGUCGGGGGACUAUGAGGGCCAUGGCAAAACCUUCAGCUUGCGCUUCUUGAGGUGGUCCAUUGUGGGUUUUGAGGUGUGUUUAGGAUAAUUAUCCUGUUGUAGAAGCCAUCCUCUUUUCAUCUUCAGCUUUUUUUUUUACAGACGAUAUGAUGUUUGCUUCCAGAAUUUGUUGGUAUUUAAUUGAAUUCAUUCUUCCCUCUACCAGUGAAAUGUUCCCCGUGCCACUGGCUGCAACACAAGCCCAAAGCAUGAUCGAUCCACCCCUGUGCUUAACAGUUGGAGAGGUGUUCUUUUCAUGAAUUUCUGCACCCUUUUUUCUCCAAACAUACCUUUGCUCAUAGCGGGCAAAAAGUUCUAUUUAAACCUCAUCAGUCCACAGGACUUGUUUCCAAAAUGCAUCAAGCUUUUUUAGAUAUUCCUUUGCAAACUUCUGACGCUGAAUUUUGUGAUGAGAAUGCAGGAAAGGUUUUCUUCUGAUGACUCUUCCAUGAAGGUCAUAUUUGUGCAGGUGUCGCUGCACAGUAGAACAGUGCAUCACCACUCCAGAGUCUGCUAAAUCUUCCUGGAGGUCUUUUGCAGUCAAACGGGGGUUUUGAUUCACAUUCCUAGCAAUCAUACGAGCAGUUCUCUUGGAAAGUUUUCUUGGGUCUUCCAGACCUCAACUUGACCUCCACCGUUCCUGUUAACUGCCAUUACGUUACAUUACGUUAAUUAAUUACAUUACGAACUGAGGAAAUGGCUAUCUGAAAAUGCUUUACUAUCUUCUUAUAGCCUGGUCCUGCUUUGUGGGCAUCAUUUAUUUAAAUUUUCAGAGUGCUAGGCAGCUGCUUAGAGGAGCCCAUUGCUGCUGAUUGUUGGGACAAGGUUUGAGGAGUCAGGGUUAUUUAUAAAGCUUUGAAAUUUGCAUCAUCUGGCCUUUCCUAACGAUGACUGAACAAGCCAUUGCCCUAACGAGCUAAUUAAGGUCUGAGACCUUGGUAAAAAUUAUCUGAGAGUUCAAAUCUCUUGGGGUGCCCAAACUUUUGCAUGGUGCUCCUUUCUUUAUUUUCCACUCUAAGAUUGUAAAAAACAAAAGUAAUAAACUAACCUUGCUUAAAAUGUUGAAAAGAAUGUUUCAUCUUUAACUUUAUGACUUUUGGAGAUAAGUGCAUCUUCUACUCACUUAACUAUUCACAGUAACAGAAAUUUUGACCAGGGUGCCCAAACUUUUGCAUGCCACUGUAUAUAAGUAAUUCAAAAGAAGGCAGCAAAGGUGUAUUUGCUAAAUUUAUUAAUGACACAAAGUAGGAAUUUAAUGCUAACAUUGCAUUUGCCUUCCUUAUUACCGACACAUCUUGUAAGUUCACCUUGGAGAAUUCUGCAUUAGAACUCUGAAGAUGCUUUGCACCUCCAAUUUCUGAAUUUACUCCCUGUCUAGAAAAGUCUACACAUUUAUUCCUUUCGGUAAAGUGAAUAAUCAUGCAAUAUUGUAUUCCAUCUGCCACUUCUUUGCCCAUUGUCUUAAUCUGCCCAAGUCCUCCUUCAGAAUCCCUGCUUCCUCCACUAUGUGCCCCUGCCCCACCUAUCUUUAUAACAUCUGCAAAUGUGGCCAUAUAGCCAUCAAUUCCAUCAUCCAGAUCAGUAACAUACCUGAAAAGUAGCAAACCCAAUACUGACCCUUGCGGAACACCAGCAGCCAACCAGAAACCACCCCCUUUAUUCCCACUCCUUUAGUUGACUGGCAGAAGGCAAUCUUCUGUCCAUUCUGGUAUCUUUCCAAUAAUAUCAUGGGCUUUCAUGAGCUGUAGGAGAUUUGUGAUGAAUAUUUCUCCUGUUUUUGCUGUGGAGAAAGACAUGAACAUUUCAGAACUUGAGAAUAGUUAAUGGUGAUGUCUUGCCAAUAGCUCAUAUUACAGAAAAGGGAUGUAGGUGUUUUAAAAAUGUAUGAAGAUAAAUAAAUCUUGGGUUUGAUCAGGUAUAUCCAAGAAUGCUGUGAGAAGCUAGAGAAGAAAUUGGGACAGUCCUGGCUGAGAUUUUAUACAUCUUCAUUAGUGACAGUGAAGUGCUGGAAGAUUGGAGGGUGGCUAAAGUGCCUUUAUUUAAGAAAUGCUGCUGAGAAAGACCUGGGAAUGAAAGACCAGUUAGCCUAAUAUCUGGUAGUUAAGUUAUUGAUGGGGGUUCCAAGACAUCAGAUAUAUAUGCAUUUGGAAAGGCAGGUUGGUUAGUGAUAAUCUACAGGGCUUUGAGUGUGGGAUAUCGUCUAAUGAAUUUGAGGUAACCAGGAUGGCUAAUAAUGGCAGUGCAGUAAACAAUCUCUAUGGACUUCAGUAAGGCCUUUGAUAAGUUUCUGCAUGGAAGGCUGAUAUGGAAAGUUAGAUCACAUGGCAUCUAACGAGAACUAACUAAUUAGAUACAGAUUUAGCUUGAUAGAAAGCAAAAUACAAUUAUCGAUGGGGGUUUUUUUAGACAAAGCCAUGCCUAUAUGCCCCAAGGAUUGUAGGCUGAAUCUUUACUAUCAAUAAUCUGGAUGAGAAUAUACAGAGCAUGAUUAUUAAAGUUUCAGAUGACACUGAAAUUGGUGGUGUUGUAAAUGGUGAAGAAAGCUAUCAGGAACUAGAGAGGAAUCUUGAUCAGCUGGGAAAAGUGGGCCAAAGUACACCAAAUAGAUUUUAAUGUGGAUAAGUGCUUGUUGCAAUUUAGGAAAAGACACAAGGAUAGGACUGUCAGUGAAUGGUAACACCCUUGGUAGUAUUGUGGAACAGGGGGUCCUAGGAGUACAUGAGGGGCAAUGUAUUCAAUCUUUUCCCUGGGUUUGGGGAAUCAAGAACUAGAGGACAUAGGUUUAGUGUGAGGACAAUUUUCACUCAGUGUGGUCAGUAUGUGGUAUGAACUCCAGAAGAAAUAGUUGAGGCAGGUACAUUAUCAGCAUUUAAAAGAUUCAUGGACAGGUACAUAGAUUGGAGAAUGUAGGCAAAACAUGGGAAAAAUCGGACUAGCUUAGAUAAGUCUCUUGGUCAGCAUGGAACAGUUGGGCUGAAGGGCCUAUUGCUGAGCUGUGUGGCUCUUACUUAAUUUACUCCAGCAGUCUAUUUGAGACUUAAUAAGUGCUAAAAUUUAAAAAAACAGUUUUGAAGUCAUUCUGCUGGGUGUCACGUUUUUCCUGCAUGAAUUCUAUAUCUGUGAGUCCUUGGCAUGUAUGGCUUUCAGAAGAUGCUUAUAUAUUUCACUUCAUUUUUCUCAUUGAACAGGAGCAGAAGUCUCUUAUCCUUUCCAUAUGCACUUUCUAACCCAAGAAUAAGUUUUUUGGCUCUCCUGAAUGAAAUCUGAUAACCUGACUGAACUUUGGAUCUUGUGCCAAAUCAUAUCAUGUUGGUUAUACUUUUUAUAGGUAUCUGUGAUCUUAUUUCCAUCCACAAAAUGGGAGUAUUAUUAAUACUAAAAGCAUUCUGCACUUAGAAGAAUCCUCCAUAAGUUACUAAAGAUAUAAAGAUAUGCAAAUAUUUCAAGCAGGAUCUUAAUUGCUUUGGCUUUUUGAGCAGGACAAGAGUAUGCUAAGCAGUUAAUGGAUAGUCUGGUUUAAAAUAGUAAUGUUGGGGCUGACUCUGUUGUACCUAUUUUGGAUGCAGUCUUGUUGAGCUAUUUAAAACCCAGUUGUUCUGAACUAUGAAACCACACAAGAUUCAUGUAGAUUCAAAUGUUCUCUGAUUCUUUUGUCAUUCAUUUAUUUGGAUAUUGUUUCCUGUUUAUAUGUAUAGAAAUAAUUUGUAUAUUUCUGAACGACUGAAUUCAGUAAGUAAAAGAAAAGCAAAAUAUUAUAGCUACUAGAAAUCUGGA